AUGGAUUUGAAUGACCUCACGAGGCCGGCAAUUCUUUGCCAGUGCUUGCGGUGCUCCAGCUCGCUGGCCGUGCUGGAGAACGAAUGGGGCAAACUAUCCAGCGUCUACGGCGUCGCGACGGCAUGGUUAAGCGUCAAUCUGCAACGUAUCUCAAUUUCUUCGGAGCAGAAACAUAUUCCGCAGACAUCUGAAAUGAGUCUUCUUCGAGGUCGCAUUGCCCAAGAUGUCUCCUGCAAGUUGUGCCAACAGAAACUGGCGGUCCUGUGCGGACUGGAUAAUGGCCCCAACAUUCUCUGGAAGAUGUCAAAGGUGUCAUUCAGAGAGAUCGUGACGAUGCGAACGGCCGACCCCCUAUUCAAAGAUGGAGCCCUUGACAAACUACUCCCACCGCCCCCUCCAAAACCCCCUCGACAUUCCGCCCAGGAUAAUGCAUUGGUACCAUCGGGCGCACAGGAUCUGUUUUCAUUAGAUCCAGCGAUGCAUCAGCAAAUGCAACACCAAGGGCGAAGUAUCGAUCAGAUAUCCAACUCGGUCAACCACUUGCAAGAUACCAUGGCAGACUUGAAGCAUUCAUUCACCUCGCUUCGUAUCGAAUUGAAUGGGCCGAGCCGGAGCAUAAGCGACCACGGAUCCAUCAGUGACCCUGGCUUCGACAUGAUUGCGACGGUUCUGAAGGAGCUAAAGUCCAAGUCGGAUGAAAUUGAAAAGCUAACGCUGGAAAUCGAGGCGUUGAAGUUGAAGAAUCGCUUUAUGGAGGAGCGCAAGCCGGCCAGCCCCGAAUAUCCAUCACAGACAAAUGGAAGGAUAGCUGAUGUACAGAGCCCUGGCCUCCUCCAGGCUGGGAGAAAGCGAGCUUGGCCCGACGCAUUCUCGACUGGUCCGCCAACUGCGAUUGCGGAUUCGUUCGAUGAAGAAGACAUGGUGGAUGACCUGCCACUCGAGAACUUGCCAACAUACAAUGUCCGUGUGCCGCCUAAACAGCCCACACGCCAGUUACCUUCCGGCCCAGCUCAGCUUCGCAUAGAGGCUAGACAAAAUGACAGCACCCCAACCAGUACUCCACCUGCAAGUCACCCACAACAGAACGUGGCUAAGCGGCCACGGCUUACGCAAACCAAGGAUUCUCAAUUAAAUUCAGAAAAACCGCGCGGCCGGCCGCGAAAGUCCAACGUUGCUGAACCACAGGCAGAACCUACAACUGCCUCGACCUCGCAGAAUUCUUCCAUUCAGGUUCCGAUAGCGCCCUCCAGUCCAGACCAACAGACUACUAAGCGCCGUCGUCUUCGCCGGAGCACGCGCUCACAGUCUUUUGGGCCGACUUCAAUGCCCGCACAGGUUGAAGCAGGGGAAACACCUGCUCAAGAGCCAUCACCAACAAACGGUGCAGAGAGCAAUGGCAAUCAUGAUGCGCAGCAAAAUGGCGAAUCGGCGUCCGCCACAGCAAAGGGGUCCGCCAAAAAUGGUGCAAAGACCGCCGAGGAGGCACGGGUUACGGAGGAGGAGAAACGCAAGGCCAAGAUCGCGGCGCGGGACGCCAUGACUCGGAGGGCUAUGGAGCAGGAGGAACGGAUGGAAACGGAUGGUUCUCGUUGA